UGCGCGCUCAACACAUACACAACAAACAUGGUGGCACCCAGGUAGCAGGUGUCCGGUUUGGAAUGACUUUUCUUAUCUUGGAUUAAAUCACUGCAGGUAAAAUCAUUUCCUUAAACAGCACCUAGGUGGAGAGCCAUACGAAUAAGCGAAUUUACCGCAUUGGAAACAGUCCUCAAUGACAAUUUAACUGUCUGCUCCUGGCAAUGUUAAUCCUAAUUGUUCUCAUUGUUUAAAUGGAGUAUUGACAGAUUGGGGACCUGACAAGGCAGAGCUAUUCUGUGGGUACAUCCAAUACAUUCAACCCCUUUAGUAGGCCGCGUGGAAAACGUCUGCUGCCAGAUUCUCUAAGAACAAUUACUAUCUUGGAGAAUUGCAAUAUUCGUCAAUACGUUAAGAGGCCUUAUCUCACAGAAGAACAGUUAUGGUUCAGUUCUUUUCACUCAGAGCCUCAGGUACCCACUCAGUACAGAGGCAUAUUUAUGAGUAAUAAUACUCGGAAAUAAAUCUUUACAGUUAUCUAAUGUGUGUAAUGAAUCCAAUCUUAGCUGGAUUUUAUUUACACAGUGGUUUAUUCAUGGAUUAAAAACCAAACAGGAAAAUGUAGUUUAAAAAUAGCUAAACCGUAAAUAUAACAAAGUUGGAGCUUUAAAAUUAAAAAAAAAAAAAAAAUUAGCUAAUUUUACUAAAUCUUGCAGUUAAGGUUUUCAGUUCUCUUCAGUUUGGUGUUUAGUGAAGAAAAAAAAAAAAGUAGAGACUAUUUUACACUCUCAUUUACAGCUGACAUUCCCACAUUAGUAGAAACGUUAGCUGUUCGGAGUAGUGGUUGUUGUAUUAGUCUUUGAAUUGAGAAAACAUUUCUAUUAUUGUCAGACAAUUUUGGCAAAAAUAAGUGAAUUUAAAAAAAGAACCAAUAUAUUUUUUAUGCCUGGCUAUUUUGGACUAACUUUUUAACUUACUAUUUAGUUCAUUAAACAAACUCCAAAGCAUAAUGAUCAUCAUCAAAAGAAUCAUUCACAAAGGGACUGAGACUUCCUUUUGUAUGUUCUAUGAUAACAAGUAUCGAUGCACCAUAAGGUUUGCAAAACAAAUUUUCUAUUGAGUAUGAUUUUAUUCUGGUCUUCUAAUUGUUCACAAGACAAAAUUAAUAAUGCCAAGUUUUCCCCUUUCUAUCAUGUAUAUGCAUUAGUUUAAAAUCUACUUUUGUAUUAAAUUUGUACUUGAUAGUAAAUUUAGGUCAUCAUCUUUUGAUUUAUAUAAUCAUUGCAGAUUCUCAGCUUCUUACUCAAGAUGUUUGGGGAUCUUUUUGAAGAGGAGGAGGACUUUUCAUUCCUUUCAAGCAGUCCAAAUGCCAACAGAAAAUUAAAAUGUAAAGAUUCUCAAAUACUGGAGCCUCGGGGGCAUACAAGAUUGAGUGGACUCAAAAAUCAGGGAGGCACAUGUUACCUGAACUCACUACUUCAAACCCUCCUUUUUACACCAGAAUUCAGAGGUUUGGCUAAUACAUGUGAUAUGAAAAUUGGAAGAAUUGUUACUAAUGUUGUACAUAACUCUUAUCCUUAUUUUAGUGUAAAUGGAUUUUGGUUGAUUGUUUGAAAGAAUAAUCUGAUAUAAGGGUAAAAAUUAAUCCAUUAGUGACUUUUUGGAAAUACCAGGCAUCAUAUUGCUUUGGAUUUAUCUGUCGACACGAACAAUUGCUUUAAAUAUGUACGUGUUAAACUUGUUCAUGAUAAAUUUAUCCAUUGAGCAAUUGCUAUUCUGAGAUUUAAAGUUGUCAGACAUUUCAUUAGAAGAAAAAGAGGCAAGUACCAUAUGGGGUCGUUGUAUAUUUUGCUAAGAUCACCAAUGGUGAUUAGGUUGUUGCACUGAGGUAAAGUUGGGGUUUUCUUAUCUGAACCUGUCUUUUCCGGGCCACCACCAUAUUCAUCCUUUUGGUGCUGUUCAGUUACUAGCACUUCAUCUGCCAGGAGCCCACAUCAGUGUAAUCUCACGCAUGUGAGAGUCUAUUGAGGAUCCUGCGAGACCAUGGGCUGCUCCAUAGACAAGGACUUUUUUUCUACAGCCAUCAUAAGUGAUGACUGGGGAAAAUUACAAAACCUGACGGCGGUAGCUCUGCCUUUUGUCAAGUUUUGUCAGGCAUAGAGAAUAUACAUCAGUAUAUAUUUUGACUAGUGCAACUACUGUUCUUUCAACUUUGAACUUGAAAACUAUUAUUCCAACGGUGUUUCUAGGAACGUUCAGUGCCUUCUUUUUCAUUUUGUAUCCUGUUCCUUGUUUGUGAAGGGCAAUGAUCUCUUAUUUCUUUAUUGCAAUAUUUCUAACAUGCAGUCAACAGUGACACUCAACAAGCUCCUAGCCAUUUUAGGUAUUUCAAGUGAUCCUGCUCGAUCACACCUGGUGUAACUAAUUAAGCCCUUGUUUCCCGCGUUUUGCAUAUUUGUGCUUUUGUGAGGGAUUCUGUUCAGGGAGUUGAAUGAUUUUGAGACUGGAGAAAUUAUUUUAAGUGACAUUUCCAGUUGAAUUGGGGUAAACCACUUGAAACAUUCGUUGUGUUUAGCUACUUCAAUUGCUUUUGUUUGAUCUCUUCAUUGCAAACAGCUGAAAGUCCUACACUUUCUGUAAAUUUUGACAAUAAACCUGAUUUUCAACGAGGGGGAAUAAUUUUGAUUACAUCUGUAAUAUUUUAUUGGAUUACAUAAUUCAAACAUUCCUACAAUUGAAUUUGUGUUUCUAGAAGCCCUUUUUGCUUUGGGUCCCAAAGACCUUGGUUACUUGGAGGAAAAGGAGGAUCCAGAUUACAAGGUACUGGUUUUGAUUGAUCCUUCCAAUAUAUUAUUAAGUUUACUCGCAAUGGAAAAUGUAAUAUACAUUUUAAUUAUGUUGGCUCAGAUUGGGUUUUCUGGUGCCUCAUGUGCUAUUUUUUUUCAGUAUCUCCUUAAAGGUAAACCAUAACGUCCCUGGAAAAUACACAACUAAAUUUAAAAAAGAAUCCAAAUUACAUAGAAUUCACAGUUAAAUGUAGUGUGACUUGAUUGCUUUACAUCAUACAUCACAACAAAUUUGAUGGUCAAAUAUUCCCAAAUUCAAAAUACUUGCUGUACAUGAUGUAUAUUUUGGUCCGUUCAUUCAGUCUCUUCCCUUCCCUCUCAUAUUGUUAUCACCAAAUUCAAACCUUUCCUUACACCAGUAUGUAUAUGUCAAACCAUAAAGGACAGAACACUUUAUAGUGAAAUAUUGUUUAUGUUUUAACAGAAAAGAAUGUAAAACAUAAAAGAUUCCUAAACCCAGCAACUCCAAUAACUCACAGGGUACAAAGGAUUUUGAUUUUGAACAGUGGAUCUUGGAAGACUGUUCUACUUGCAUCUUUUCAAUUACUUAUGUGAUAUUAAUAAUGUUAUAUAUUCUUGAAGGUACGGAUAAUCCCCUUACAGUUACAGCGACUUUUUGCACAGCUUCUGCUGCUGGAUCAGCAGGCUGCAUCCACCACGGACCUCACAAACAGCUUUGGUUGGAACAAUAACGAGGUGUGUAAUCGUCAUUCAUGUUAUCAACAAUGUCAUUCUUUUUAUAGCAUCCAAAUCAUAUUUAAGUUUCUGAUUCCAUCUUAGAAUAAUCUGGUUGGAUCUCAGUGUUUUUUUUUUGUUGUUGUUUUUUUUUUUUAUAUUUAGUGAAAUCAAGGUGUUUUCUACAGCAACCAGUUUUUGGAAUACAUCAUUAGAAAGGCAAAGGACUAUCCAUGUGUAUCCCUCUCUUAUCUCUACACCUAUUAACCCAUUUCCUCCUCAUUACAGGAGACUGGUCAGCAUGACGUGCAGGAACUAAAUCGAAUAUUGUUCAGUGCCUUGGAGAGCUCCCUGGAGGGCACGUCUGGCCACAAUCUUAUUAAGAGCUUGUAUCAUGGCACCGUGGUUAAUCAAAUUAAGUGCCAGGAAUGUGGCUACAUCAGUAAGCGGCAGGUAAGACUUGAAUGGUUAGGUCAUAUUUUGAGAAGUGGUGCAAAGAGAAGAAAUAUACAACUGAUCAUAGAGGCACACUCUAAAACAGGGGUUCCCAAAAGGCAGAUCACCAGGUUGUAUUAAAACUACAGCUUCUAUGAUGCGUUGUCCGUCUAAUGGCAUUCUAAAGGCUUGCAAAGCAUCAUGGUAGUUAUAGUUCUACAACAUCUGGGGAUUCAGAGAAUAUUGUGAAAAUAUAAACAAUAUAUAACUCAUAUAGAUUGUAAUAACUGCCAGUUCAUAUAUUUGGAAAUCUCCCUUUUAUAUAACAUACUCAUAUUAUUUUGUAAUGUAAAAAAAAGUCAAAGUUUUCCUGUAUGACAAAUUCUAUAAGAGUGUUGCUACAUCUGAUCCUUAUGAUAACCUUGUGUCACAUUUUUAUCUGGCACUUACAUAAAUUUCCAGUAAAAUUCAUUUGUAUAUUUUUAUAAAGCACAACUAUGCUAUUGAAGAAAACAUUUAUAUGAAGAUGAUUAUAACAAUCUCUGUGGUAAUAUUGUCCGCAUAUACAGAAGUUAUCAAAUUUGAACGUAAUUUACAUUCUUCUGUGAUGCUUUUCUUCUGAAUAAUUCUGUGUGCACCUUUCUAUGCAGGAAGAUUUUCUUGAUUUAACUGUUGCAGUGAAGGACGUGUGCAGCUUGGAGGAAUCUUUAUAUAACAUGUACGUUGAGGAGGAAAUCUUCGAAGGGGAUAAUCUGUAUCGAUGUGGAUCCUGUGAUAAACUUGUAGCAGCUGCUAAGGUAUGUUUAUUGUAGUGCAUCAGUUAUAGGCCAUCUGCUUUGAAAUGCCAACUCCCGUGUACCUCAGGCAACCAAGGGCUUAUAGAAUUUGUAAAUGAACAACUGGACAGAAAGCAUACAUUUUAAACUACGUGUAUACUUAAAUUGGCUUACAAAAUUUGUAAUGCAAUUCGGAUGUUUAUUGCAAAAUGUUAGAAAGGGCCUGUUUAUUCUGAAGAUAUUGCAUACACAGAACUUGAAACAACUUCAGAGCAUCAGAGAAUGGCGUUCUGGUUUAUUUACAUAUAACACGAGAUCCCUUGAUUUCCCUGGACUAUCCUUUCUUCUAACUCUACUGCUGCUCAGUAGUUGCCCCACAAGCUCCCAAGCCUGCCAUGUCUCUCCUUCCCCCCCCUGACCUCUCCUUAUACCUGGAGUCCAGUUUGUGUCCUCUUUAACAUGUUUCCUGACAUUCCAUUAGAUAAACCUACCAAUAGAGUAUGCGUACAAUUAAAUUUUACAUUCUUCACUUGCCUUACUCAUCGGUUUGUUACAAGCACUUUUACCUAUAUGUACACAUUUUAUUUUUUGUACUUCUAUUUUUGCUUUAAAAACAUUAAAAAAAUUCAGUAGUCUAUGAUUUUAAAAUUAAAUUCUAAUAUAUGUGUGGAAUGAUCAUUUCAGUUUCAGGAACAUUCGAAAUAAAUAAUUACAUUUCUAGUUGUUAUGCAGUAAACUUUUCACCAUGUCGAUGUUUUGCAGCCUGCCACUUAAAGGGACACUAUGAUCAUCAGAACUACAGCUUAAUAUAGUUGUUCUGGUGAGUGUAGUCAGUCCCUGCAGCCAUUUUGCGGUAAACACUAUCUUUUCAGAGAAAUGUCAGUGUUUACAUUACUGCCUAGUAACACAUGUAGUGGCAGUCACUCAUAUGGCCACUAGAGGUACUAACAGUGCUUGUUAUCUUAAAUGAGGAGAUGCUGAUUGGCCAGCGAGGUGUCUGGAUCUGCCCACCCGCCCCACCUCUUGCCUUUAGGAAAGCACUGAAUUGACCGAGCUCAUCAAUUCUGAUGAUCUCAGCCAGGGAAUCGGAGCAGGGGUGUGGUGAGUUUUUAAUCUAUUUAAGGGGGCAAUUGGUGGCCAGAAAACUAAAUAGUGUAUUUCUGAGCCCAAUAGUGUUCCUUUAACUCUUUCUUUCUCCCACAGUCUGCCAAGCUGGGAAAACUUCCACCGUUCCUCACUCUAUCUCUGCUGAGAUUUAACUUUGAUUUUACAAAGUGUGAACGUUAUAAGGAGACAUCCCGCUACACUUUCCCCACGCAUCUUAACAUCCGGCCCUUUUGUGAGCAGGUUUGAGCUAUUUCUUUGCUUUUUUUUUUGUUUGUUUAUAUGCUUAUGCUCACUUGUGAAACUCUGAGUUUACUUUGUAUAAAGUGGGCAUUUUUUGUUUACCAACCCUUCUUUAAAUGAUCAAAGUAAGUGAAAUGAUUGUAUGAUACAUUUUGUAUUCUCUUAGGAUCUUAAACACUCGUGGUUUUUCCCCAUAAACCAUACACUCAACACAAUACAAACACCACAAAAUGAGAUGUAGGAGCACUAUUUCACAGUUGUUCAAGAACAAGCAGACAACACUUGUCGUCCAUAACUGGUGAAUGCACAAAAUAAGCUGUAUAAAAAGAACUAGCAUAGAUAAUAAUUAUAUUAAUUAAGCAGCUCAGAGGAAGAAGACACAUAUGGUUCUGAGGCACAACAAACGGUGGUACCUUUUUAAGGUAGUCCUUGGCUGCCUUGUCUAGUGUUCCAUGAUGUACGGGUACCUCAUAAAUAAGAAGUAAAAUUUAACCUCAUGGAGUAGUCUGCCAAAAAAGUAAAAAAAGCUGACAUGAAACUGAACCUCUCAUGGUCCGCUCAGGUCUUUAAAGGCUUUGACAUCAAAUGGUGUAUAGGAUGACCCCUUACUUUGUCCAUAAAACAAAUACAGAAUGUAGUUUAGUUUAAAAUUAUUCUUGAUUCAUGUUUAUGCUGAUAACUGACCCAUUUUUUUCUUCCUUGUAGAAUCACAUAGAAGACCCUGUGUGCACAUAUGAGCUAUUUUCUGUUAUCAUACACAAGGGCGGCUGCUAUGGGGGCCAUUAUCAUGUUUACAUCAGAGAUGUGGAUGAACUGGGCCACUGGGACUGUCAGGUAAGCUUGUCAAUGGAUGAUGAGCCUUAGGAAAUGAGCAAAAAGAUGCAUAUAUUGGCCAAGUGCCUCCAUUCAUUACUGACAAAAUGUUCUGCGUUUUGCAAUAAAGUGACACUUUUAUAGUGCUGGUGCCAUUACAUUCACUAGCUUAAAACUCUUGUAAUUUUGUUAAUUUCAGAUGUUAUUUGUGGCUUAGUUGCUCCCCACAUUCUUAAUUUGCUUACAUUUUGUGCACCUUUGUCUUCUAAACCUCUAUUGAAUCUAUAUGUUCAUUCACAGGAAGAAGUGAAAAACUUGGUUAAGGAUGCUGAUAAUGAGUAUGAAUCUCCUGCUGUCACACUUGCUUCCAUCAUAGCAGCGGUAAAUAAACAACAACAAUAUAGCAUUUACGUUGUAGUAGUAAUAUGGAUCCAACCUGUACAUUCUUCUGUCUAAGAGACAUCCUUAACAAAUAGAUUCUUAAAGCAGCACAGUCAUGUUUGGGUUUUUUUCUGCAGUUUUCCUCUCCAUAUGCACCCUGUAUCUUAACAACUAAUGACAGAAUUCUUCUAUCAUGAAUGUCCUUUUCUUAAAGACCCAUGAUGGAAUAAUUCCUUUAUUUGGUACUUUAGAGACUAUUUCUCUGCAGCGUUUAAAGGUGGCGGUUCGACUUAGUGUUUUACAAUUGGAGGCUCAUUCAAAGAUUAUUUACACGAGUCACAGAAAGAACAUAUCCAUAUUUUUUUUGUUUGUUUUUAUUUUGUAUUUUCUUUUUGAAGUUGAUUUAAUGUUUUAAAUACUGUGCCAUGCAAACUCUAAUUUCAUUAUAAUGCUCUAAUCCUUUCUUCUGGCCUAGGAUGGAGUAGAUAAAAUGAUUCAAGUGGAUCAGCUGGGGCAGAAACUGUUGGAACACACAGGAACAUCCUGGAGUAAGAUGUAUCGGAAGCAACAUGGAAGCAUCCGCAAGGUAACAAUAAAGCAUAGUGUAGAAUUGUGUAAAAGGAUAUAAAACAUUCUCUUGACAGAUAAGGGCAAGGCAAAUGGUACUGAAGUGUAAUGCAAGAUAACACAAAGGAAAAAGCAUCAUAAUCUGCUGGGGGAAAUCUGAAAGAGAAUAAGUAAGCAAUAUCCCUUGACAUUUUAAAAGCAAUGCUAUGUUAGCACAGCUCUAACUUCAGGCUAAACAUGAAAACCUGAACGAAUGAAUAUGUGCCAAAGCAAAAAAAUGCCUAGGCAGUAAGAUGUCAGGUGGAUACUACUAGAAGGUAUCCUGGACUUAAACCGUUGUGAAUAGAAGUCCCUAAAAUUACCUUUAUUAUUAAGGGUUUAUUUUUGGUCUAUUUUUUUACCUCUUAAAUUUUUGUGUCCAUAUACCUACUUAAACUAUUGUUCAAGGUGGCAGACGAAGGUGUGAAUUGGCACCCGGCGGAUAUGUUCCUUAACCGCUCCGCUCUCUAGGUGUCCAAAUUUAAGAAAUUCCUCUCUCUGCACUUGCUAACUGCAGCACGCUCUCUAAUACCCACUUUCUGGAAACGGAAGGACACUCUGACAUUCCAAGACUUGCUCAGCAGAGUAGAAGAGAUCCGCCAACUGGAGGAAGGGGUUGCCACAACUAAAGGAAGACUGGAGAAGCAUGAGGAGAUCUGGAGAACCUGGAUUUACCACUUGAGCACGGAAAACACAUAAAGCCUGCCACAGACAUUGUGUUGUGCCCGUAAAGGCGACAGGAGACUGCGGGGCAGUGGGGGCUCCCUGGAGGGGGUCAGAGCAGGCAGGACUGGAGUGACAAUUCCCGUUCAUUUCCUCCCCCUUUUUUUUUCCCCCCUCCCUUUUCCCCUUACACUUUCUUCUUUUCCUCCCAAAUAAUAUUUGCUCUGACUCUCAAAGUGGUUCCUCACAGAUGCUCAACUACCAGGCAACAUGGGUUUGUAACUCACGGAGGGUGCAGGUAGUCGUGGUUUACUCUAAGACUGCCUAACCACAGGCUUCGGCAUCAUCGCCCCAAGGGCUAGACCCAAUAGCGAAAUGGUCACAGGGCCGGGAACUGGCGAACAUGAACAGGGCACACGAUCCCAUACCCGGGACUAGGAAUUUAGCAUGUAUAGUAUACAUGUAGGUUCCGUGUACAAGGGCAGUUACACGCCUAAGUGACACACCAAGCGUAAUCAGCGCCCUUGAACAUGAUGCGAUGAUAUCUGUAGACCUGUACCUCUUAUUGCAAACCCAAAUUGGGAACCACAGGGAAGUAGUAGGAUUGACCUACUUAUGUAACUGAUUGCCACCUUUAUACUAUGACUGCAUAUUGUAUUAGCAUUGAGAAACUUUCAAUAAAAAACUGAGAUUGUCAAAAAAAAAAAAAAACAACAACAAUUGCUGUUUUUCUAGAGGAGCUUUUGAUUCUCUAGUAGAGAACGUGCUCCACAUUCUGGACUCUUCCUCCCCUUAGUUAUUUGUAAACCUGAAAUGUUGAGGUUACAAGACAGGCAAACAAAAUAAUUGGAGGCUGAAGUAUACGACUCUUGGAAUUCUAGUAAAAUCAUUGUUGCAAUCUUGAUUUCUUCAGGUCUGUAUUUUAAUUGUAAUAUGUGAACAAAUUAAGUUAUAUACUUAUUCUUUUAUUUAAACUAAAUCCACUAUUUUUACAGUUCUUACAGAACCAUCGCCAAAUCUUCCAGCUUAGUUCAGAUGGUUCCUUAGUGGGUUUGGCACAAAGUGGAAAUGAUACUGAAGACUCUGAUCUACAUCUGUCUAAUCAGAGUACCCCUGAUAUAAUGAAAAAUCCAGAAAAAGACGCGAGCCAUUGGUUUGAUUUCAAUGACUCGACCGUACAAUCAAUCCAGGAGAAAGACAUAGAGAAGCAGUUUCAAGGAAAAGAAAGUGCUUAUAUGCUCUUUUAUCGCAAAAGCCAACUGCAAAGACCUCAGGAAGGUAACUGUAAAAACUAAGAAAUCCCUUUUGUUUGUUGUCCAAGUUGGAAAAUUGUCUUUUGUUGGAGAAAUGCAACAUUUGUUAUGGUGUCUAGGAAGCAAGAGAUCACAAUAACUAGUCCAUGAAUAAUCUUUUUAAGGUCACACCACAAACUUCAUAAAAUAAAGUAUGGUUUUCACUAACCCAUUUCAAAUCGUAUGUUAUUCACACAUUGUGUGUGGUUCAUGUUCAGUUAGAUGGUUUAAUCAAUACAUCAGGCCUUUUUAAUUUGUUUGCAAAAGUAUAAGUUAAAAUAUAUUGCUUCCACUACAUAUCAUUGUCAAUAGAAAGAUUCUGCCUGUAAUCAUGUGCUAUCCCAGAAUGAAUUUUUAAUUUUUUUUAAGAUAUAGAUGAUACAGCAUAUUUUCUAUUAGUACUGUUUUGAGUUUGACUGUGUUUGGUCUUACCACAAACUAUUUGGCACCUAGCUGUUUACAGUCAGAGAGACUUCAACUUCCAGACCCGAACUCCAAACUGAGUCAGGCACUCAGUUUUUGCCAUGUUGACAAGAUCCAGAGGGUCAAAACUGCACAGUCCAUGGUUGGUUUCUGGUCACUGGUCCUUUUGGAUCACAACCCAUUCUAUGGUUUAAAAAAAAAAAAAGAAGCCUUGUUUAAUACAGCAUCGAUUGUUAAGGGUAUCUGCAGAAGUGCAGUAUGAAUUCUGAAACACAAUGCCUGUCUGGGCUCACUUGCGUUUCAAGCUGGGAACUCUGGGAUAGCUGUAGAAGCCUGAUUUCUCGAGUUUCUGUGCCCAAGGGGGAGUUGACAAAGUCCAACUUGAGAUAUGCAGGUAAUGCACAACAGUAAUUUUCAUCUAUACUAUAUAUGUGGGUAUAUGUGACUUGUGAAAGUUGACUAUCAUCGUUUCAGUUUUGGUAUUUCUGCUCGGUGAGUUACUGCUCAAUUAUUUUUGUACAUGAAGAGUUCUUAAAUUCUUUAAUCUAUAAUUUAUCUUAUCUUUGUAGCGAUUGGCAAUGCUCAUUUUGGAGUGCCUGAUUACCUUUUGCAGGAGAUGGACCUGGCAAACAAGGAGCUGCAGAAAAAGAGGUUGGUCCAAACAUUUCUCUGGCCUCUUAAGUUUUCCACAAAAUCACUGUGUCCUGUAUAAUGGCAUUCCAUCUUCAUGCAUCUUUUUAAAUUGCCCUCUAUGUAUUACAGUAAGCGUUUCCAUGCAUUUUGUGUACUGAUGUUUCUCUUGUACAGGCUGGAAUCCGACACAGAGACCAAUCGCAUGGAAUUACACCUGCAUCUCUCAUCUUGUUACCAGUUUAAUAAUGGUGCCCUGCAUCCAGCUGUUUCCCACAGUGAUAGCAUCUUGGAAAUUACCGUGGACCAGCGGAGAACAGUUGGAGACUUGAAAAAAAUAGUUUUUGAGGUAAUUUUCUCACCAUUAUUGCAUUUCACACGUAAACUCUAUUUAGAACCCUGAAUCAAUUACAUUUCUUUUUGUUACGCUUUGUUUGUGACAUUUUCCCUUUCCCUUGCCCCAAUUCCUUUUCUGAAGUGUUUACAGAGGAUAGGUCUGCGGCUGAGGUUAAUGCUCUUUUCAUGAUGUUGUGUACUCUAUAUGCCCAUGUGAAUAACAUCCUAUUGGUUAAAGUCAUUUUCUUCUCUAAGCCUUUGGCAUAUGAUGUUUGGUUUUAUUACUGAAAUUACUUUAACUUGUUGUGUAUGUGAGACGUCAAAUACAUUGCUUACUUGCCUGUACUCUGCUUGCUUGUACUUUGUCCACUUUCAGGGUUAUUCACAAAAGUGAAAAUCCAAAGUGAAUUUCAAAUUUAAGGCCAAAAUAGUCAAACUGGAAGCCUAGCUGGCGUAGAGAAUUGUUUAAAUUUGGUUAAUUUGACCUUAAAUUUGAAAUUAAUUUUGAAUUCUUACUUGAGUGAAUAACCCUGUUACAGCACUUUUACUUUCUUUGAUUCAAUCACUGAUGAAAUAUGAUGUUGUCGUUGGCACAGCUGCUUGAUAACGCGUUAGAAGGUCAAGUUUUGAGUAUCGCAAAGGCGCUACCUGCUGGUCUGCAUGUUUUCCAGAAUUUAAAUGGUGAGUAAUUCUGUAUAGCUACACUGCAGCUUAAUAUAAGUUAGUUAAAUACACUAAAAUAGUGUGCACUUUUGUUCCAUCUAGUUUAGUUAUUUGGAUGUAUGUAUAAGAAAAUAAAGCACUGAAUUACUUUACUUCUCUAGAAAUUCACUUUUAACCUCUUUUACUCGAGCUUCCCCAGGUUCCCUUCUUUUCGUGCACAGUUUAACCUGAUCAUCUUUUUCUUGUUCAUGUUACAUCAUUUAUAUUGAUUUAAUCUCCACUCAGAUGAUGAAAUGGACCUGAUGAAAGCAGGAGUCAAAGAUGGAACAGACAUCUUUGUAUGGGAUGGAGAACAGGUAGGUGGGAAAAUUUAAUUUGGAAUUCAAUACUGAACCCUUAAAAGUAAAAUAUUGAAAGUCUAGUUAAAGCUUAAUGACACAUAAAUGUUAUAGUUCAUAAAGAGGAGAUGUACAAAUAACACAUACUGCAGAAAGCUGAAUAUUGUGUUUAAAGGGUUACUUCAAGCACCAUGACCACUUCAGUGAUUUGAAGUGGUCAUGGUGGCUGGCUUCUGUCUGUGCAGCGUUCCACUAUAAAAAACGCUGCACAUAGCAAGAUAAACCCCUUGCAACUUCAUAGGGGUGUCAUCGGUCACUCUAGUUCUGGGCUGGCUCGUCGUCAUUAUAUAAACAUAUUUCAAGUGAAAAAGUAAUUUAGAUCAGGUAUUUGUGGUCAAAUUUUUGUUUACUUCUGUGCAGGUCACCUGUCAUUUGUGACCCCAUAUAUUCUAUUUGUAGGUUGGAGGUGUGUUUGUGCAGGCUGGGGAGGACUAUGCACCCCUUUUACUCACUAUCCUGCGCAAGACCCAACAUGACACAUCUGAAAACCAGUGUGUCUUUUCAUCUAAUUCCCGGCUUAGUGAUGUACAGGAGAAAUUGACUGGUACCACCAAUCAAGAGCCAUUGCUGUGCUUCCCAUCUACAGAACACGGUGGUGGGUGGAGUAUUUGUGCCUCCGAAGAUAUGAACAAAACCCUCAAAGUGCUGGGACUUAAAGAUGGGAGUUCCAUACUCUUUUUGAAUUCUGAUAAAGAGAAGUAAGUAUUACUGUUUUUUGUUAGCAAUAAUUUUUUUUUUUUGAUUUACAAUAUACUUACAAGAAUACUAUUAUUUUAUUUUUAUUUUUUUAAUUCUUUAAUUUAAUCGUGCAAUAGAUGACAUUCAUGCCUGCCAUGCCACAAUAGCAGUGGCGAGCAUUAUCAAGAACAAACAAUUACAUAAGAAGUGCUAAACUUUUUUUUUUUUUUUUAUAAAGUAGUGUAAGAUUUGAACAUAGUAACUGUAUAUAAACUGAGUAGGUAUAUGUAUAUAGUAGCUUGUCUGUCCUGACCUCUUGGCACUGACGUUAGCGUCUUUUGAUACCUGGGCAGGAGGGGGAACAAUGCUUUUGUGAGGUGCUGGCUUGGCUUUUGGGGCUGGUUAUGCUAGGACCAUGUUUGGAGCACAGAGGCUUAAGGUAACAUUUAAAAAGAGAGUCUGAGAUGCCUGUAAGUGAGCAUAAAUAGGGAUGUUGGGCGGUCCUGUUUAGCAGCAGAAACAUGCAGCAUAGCCGGUUCAGGUUUAGCAAAGGGCCGGUAUGAGGCUCAUGGUCUCGAGUGUCUAGCUGGCAUGUUAGGUCAGAAGCUCUGCUCUUGUGGGGGAGGUGAGUUGUCUAUUCGAUGAGGGUGACUGGGUUCUGGCAUUAUAUGGCCUUUGUCAAGCUUUGGUUCCACUAGGUGCAAGUGCAAAUGUUAUACGUGAAAAGAUAGUGGUCAUAAAGGAAAAUAAUAACAAUAUCACAUGGAAACAGGUAUUAUAAUCAGGCCUUGUGGAGUCUUCUGCUUAGUGGGGUCUUUGCUGGUCAGCGUUCCGUUUACUGUCAGCUAGUUCCCACAUCCGGGGAACAAGUGGGGGGUUCAGCAUCGCAGCUUAAGUCCAGGGGUUAUACUGGGUUUCCCUCCAGUCUUGGUUUACAAUUGUGUGUUGCCUAUGCGCGUCCGCUAUUAGUCCCUGUCCCUCUCCGAUUCCGUGGUGAGGUCGCGGCCAGGGGACCAUAGACCUGUCUGGGUGCCAAACCAACGAAAAAGCAAUUAACUAAAAGUUGGUAAAGAAGUGGUAACUUAACGGCAAUCAUCUCUGGGAGUCCUUUCAGCCUGGGUGCCUGUUGCCCUUUCAGGGUCUCAAGUGCCUGUAGGUUGCCGGUUUGCCGGUUGUGCCUUGUAGGCCGUGGAGGACGGGGUGGUGGAGCCUACUGGGUGAAAUGGUCUGAUGUUCGCUAUGUCCUGUGUGUGUGGGGUCUGUGGUCCCUGACCUGGGGUGGCAAGCUCCUGUUGCGGUGACAGGUCCAGCGCCGUCAAUACUGUGUCCAUUUCAGAGGGGUCAGUUACCCGUGUUAUUGCGCCACCUUGUGUAAUAAUCAGGCUUCUGGGGAAUGCCCAGCGGUAUUGUAUUGCGUGCUGGCGGAGUGCGGUGUUCAGGGGUUUGAGGAAGCCUCUCCAUAUCAGAGUGGGUCUGGACAGAUCUUGGAAAAAUGACCAAGUGGCUUUCUCGAAGGGGUAAGUAUCCCUCCCCCUUACCGCUGCCAUGAGGGUCAUCUGGGCCGAUCUCGUCUGUAGUUGCAGGAUAACAUCCCCCGGGGUGUCCGCUGGGGUUUUGGUCGCUCUCGUGAUGCGGUACAUUCCAUCUAUUCCGAUUGUAUUCGCCUGUUGCGGCGUGAGUAAGGAGGUGAGGAGCCUCCCGAUGAAUUGUGACAGGUUGUCUUGGGAUAUUGACUCAGGGACCCCUCGGAUCUUUAUAUUCUUGCUUCUGUUUCGGUCCUCCACCGCGUCCAUGCGGGCGGCGAGUAGGGCCUGGCUGCAUUGUAGCUCUGCAUUUUGGGCCUCUAAUUGCGUGCAUCUAGCGGUGAGGCCUUGUGAUGCUUCCUCUGUUUUUUUGACCCGGCCUUCUACAGUAUGUAUCUCUUCUCUCAGUAUAUUACAGAGGAGGGCUUUGAUGUCUCCCUUCGUAGAGGGUAGUUUGUUGUCCUCAUCUGAGGACGCAUUGUGUAAGCCCCCUGUGCUGGGGAACUCAUCCUGCUCGUCCAGUGCUUGUUCUCCUGAGGAGGCCGAGGUUGUGUGUUUUCACGGGGCGGAGGAGAAGUUCUCCGAUGUCACGGGCCCCUGCUGGCUUCACGGCUCCUUGGUGCUUAGAUUUCUUUCCCAUCUCAUGGUGUCGCGUUAUGAGUCGAAAUUGGUGAGUUUUGGGCAAUACAUUUGCAUUUUUCAGGCUUGUGUUGGCGGAACUCAGUUGAUGUGCGUCUGCUUCAGUUGGCUCCGCCCCCCCCAAGAAUAUUAUUUUUAAUUAGUUGACUUAUUAUAUGGAUACUGUACUUUUUAAACUUUUCCCACAACAUUAUUGUCUUUCAGUGAGCUGAUAUUUGCUACAGAAAACUCUUUAAAUACAGACUUUCUCCAAGUGCAGGAUUUGUACCAUUCAGAAGAUAACAAGAAGACCGUGAGCAUUUCUGUGUCUCCUACUACUGUGAGUUAAAUACACUGUGAUCAAAAAUCGUUUUCUUAUAUCACUGUGCAGGCUAAUAUAUGAUAUCUGUCCAAAUGAAAGGGAGGGAAGAAUGAUUGAAUGGAGAAAGGAAGGGGUGACAAUGACUGGAAGUGUAGUUUUAUGUGAUCUACAGCGGGUUUUGUAUAAAAACCUUUCUAGGGAAAAGUUCUAAAAGUGGAGCAAUCACCGUGGAAACUGAGGAAAUGCUCCUGCUGAUUAUCACACUAAAAUAUGUUGCCUAUUAAUAUUACUUUAUGCAAAACUCCCUUAAAUACAAAUCCUAUAAAUAAUAAUGUUUGACUAUUUUGUUGGAUUAUGUGAAAUGAAGGUACUCCUAAACCUCAUAUAUCUUAAACUUGCGCUGUUGUUCCCUGCAUGUAGGUUCUCUGCAUGCCCACAAGUGUUACGUUGAUCUUCAUAAGUUGCUGCAGGGUCAGUUCUGUUUUAGGUCCUGAAGGAUUAGCAGCUAUAGUUAAUUGACACAACCUGGGACGGUGUUAUUUUUCUAACUCUGUGUUUUACAUCUUCAGACUGUUUCCAAAAUCCGCAGUAAGGCUGCUGAAAUGUUGCAGUUACAGGAGAAGUGUGGUAAGAAUGCCAGGCUUUCUAAAUUCUCACUGCUUCCUCUCUCCUAGAGAUAGACCUUCCCUCUCCUUCUAUAUGUCCCCAAACAAUUCUUUAGAAUUAUGUGUAGAUUAAGAGUAGCAGUUUUGAGUGUCAAAUUGUACUUAUAUGUAUCUUAUAUUGUGUGAGAAUGCUAGUACCAAAUCUACAUCAUAAGUGAUUAUAGGGCUGUCAACAUUAAUAGUGCAAACAGAGUUUCUUAUAACCUGUGAGAAUAAGGAGUCAUUCAUUUAUUUUAUUUUGAAAUAUACAUAAAGUACCAUUAAUAUUAUGGUGGUCCAGGUGGAUCAGUACUGCAGGAAGUUAUAAAAAGCCUUGUCUUUACUGACUGAGUCCCUCCUCUGAUACGUUAUCUUAAAUUGAAUUAUCAUUGUUAAUAUCUAUAUGGUUGGUAUUGACUAUUUUCAAGUACUAGUCAUUUAAUUACAAACAUGUAAAAUUAGCUGUAUAUCUCUGCUAGCAUAUUCUUGUUUUAUAUUAAUUUAUAUAUAUAUUUUUCAUUUGUCAUAGUGGAUGAUAUCUGUUUGAGACCAUUGCAUAAGAAUGGAAAAUUGCUUCCACCAGGUGAGACAUUUAGAAGGGGGAUUCUGGAAAUCAUCUUUAAGGUUUAGCUUACUAUUUAGAUGUAGCUUGCACACCUUUGUGAAACCACAUCUCUCAUGAUGCUAUAGCAAACAUGUUCGAUGGUGCUGAAAAAUGAUAUUGUUAGGAGAUGCAGUGUAGAAAGCAACCAUAGAAUCUUAAUGCUUUAUCUCCAAUCCGUGCCACCUUUUAUGAACCAGAUUGGAGUUUCAUUGCAAUAUUAAAUGUGAAAAUGUAAAUGUUCUCAGAAAUAGCCAACAUAAAAUGUACAGGAUUACAUUUAUCUGCUUUACUACAGAACAAUAUAUCUUAAGUGUCUCCUUUUUGCUUCAUGUUUUCUACCUUUGCAGUGCCAGAGAAUGUUACAGUUCAGGAGGCAGAGAUUAAACCUGGUAGCAUUUUAGGGCUGUGCAGAGGGAAAUCUCCACGGCUUAAUGAGGUGAGUCCAGAUCUGUACAUAUUAGCAGUAUGUUGCCAUUUUGCACAGGACAAAAACAGGGUAUGGAUAGUCGUAUUGUCUUUAGGCAUUUUGGUUUUAGGCCCAUCCAAAUUUAGGGGAAGGUCGGGGGUUGAGUUGAGAUAUUUACAAAACAAACCAUCUUAUUGUCUUGACUUGGUAAUCCAGGUAAUUGACUACAACAUAUUUUGAUUGGACCUAUUUUGUUUUAUUAUAUCCUUUCUUUUUUUUUUUUCUUUUCUUUUCUUUUUUUUUUUUGUGAAGUGCUACUACAGCAGGAACUGUAAAGAUAAUAAAGUUUAUUGGGGGGCAAAUGGCUCCAAAACACGACAUUUAGACUUUAGUUAUGUACAUGGCUAUGGUCUAAACAUUGUCAUUUGGUUCUGUGGCCUCGCAAUAAACUUCAUUAUCCUAGCCAUUAACUGUUGGUGGAGCUCCAGCAGUGGAGAAGUGGCUUUUGUGCCUUCUAAGUUUGUCACAAGGCUUGUGUGUAUGAUAAAUGUCCAUCUGCUGACAGCAGACUCAUUCAUUAUUGGAUCACCAGUGGUGUGCCUGCAAUGUCUGUUUUCAGACUGUUGUUGAGCAUGCCUUUGGUAAAAUUACUUAAGAGAACAGGUUCCGACUAAAAGAAAAUGGAGUGUGAUUGUCAUAGAAUGGGUGGAAAGAUUCUGAUCAUAAACUUUCAAAUAGUAAGAUAUCGUUUUUUUGGUUUUUUUUUUGUAUUUCCAGCUCUUCCUAUAUUUUAUCGUUGGAAAUGAUCUGAAGGAUGGACAAGAGCAGGAAAUUAUCCUGGAAGAAACACUAACGGUUAAGGAGGUAUAUGCAGCAAAAUAGAUCUGUUGAGUUAUGCAUCUAAUCUACCUUUUUCCCCUCUCCGUUUUUCUUUCUCUCAUCGUUGCUCUGCACUUUGUUCUUUUACCCUAAUAUCCUCUUUAUCCUUUCCUAUUUCAUAUUUUAGUUUUCUUCUUUCCCCAGAGCCUAGACCUGAUUUUACAACAGGCUGGUUUAUCAGGUAAGCCCCAUUCAGGAAAUGGAGUCUUAUCCAUUAAAAAAUUGUUUCAUCGUUCAACCAUUAGAAUGUUCUACAGUAGCCCAGUAACUUUGGUUUGUAAAAUGCACAACUACACAGAUCGUUUUUUAUUUUCCAGAAUUUAGUUCUUAUCAAAGGUCCACCAUUCUGGACCAAUUGUUUUCGGUUUUAUUUAUUUAUAUUUGGUUAAAAUUGUUAUUUAAUCCCUUAAGAAUUGAAGCAAUUGUCCAAGUCCUGAAUCAAAACAAAACCUAGAAUUGUAGCUAUAUAUUUGUUAUUCAGCCAUCAUUUACCUCUUUCACAUUAAGUGCACCCACACUGAUUAUAUAUUAUUAUGUUAAGGACAAAUAUGGCUUUCUUUUCAUAUCAAAUAUUUAUAUGUAAACAAUUUCCUUUCUUCCAAAUUUAACAAAACAUUUUUUUGCAAAACAUAUUAUGCAAUGUCCCAAUAGUACAACAAUACCACCCAUGUACAGUUUGCUUGGGUUUUUGGAAGUCACAUGGCCAAUUAUGGGUCCCUGUAUUCAUACAUGGAAACUGAACAAUUUGAUUUUCUGGGUCUAUGUCUCCCUUUAAGGCAGUAUGGCAUACCCAACCAGAAACACUACCCCAUUAUGGCAUUGCAUUUGUUCAUUGUGUUUCUCUGUAUAUGUAUGUCCAGUAUUUGUUAGUAGCAGCUUACCCUUAAACAAAAUCUGCCAUAUAUCUCGGCAUCUCGCCACCAUCCAACCCCGCACACAGCAGAUACAGACCAAUCCCCUUCUUAUACUCUCCGAAGCAUCCAAAGCCGAAACGCAGGCACGGGGCCACCGCGGAUCCAAGCGAGUGGGACCCAGCCAACGCAGUCCCAUUCGUGCUGAGACCUGCAGCUGCAGCCUACUUGUCACCUGACUGGCACAGACGACACUACGCCAAAUAAAGAACUUCCAGAACUCGUGGCUCCAGGCCGCAAAAGUUUUACGGUUAUUGUUUUAGUUCUGAACAUUACUGCUUACUAGCUACACCCAACACUACCACCUUUUGUUUGGGACGCCUAGGAUUAGGGAGCUCCUGGCUGACCCCGAUAUUGCACAAGCAAAAUAGCACCCUUUAUGGCCCUGGUCCGGUUCCAUAAAAAUCCACAUAGACAGCAUGUACUCCCCUCCCCCGAUACCUCCAUGGUUAGGGGCACCAUCUCUCCUGAGUGGUCAGCCACGCACAUACUUGGACACCACUCCUCAAGAAGGGAAACACACAAGCAGUAUCCACUCACAAGAAGAUGCUUGCCUUUAACCUAUUAUUAUCCCACCAAUCCAUUUUUUUUUUUUUUAAACUAACCAUAUUCAGUAUUACAGCAACAAAACGUACACAUUUGUAAGCCAGAUGAGAGCCUAUACCUACCUCGGAACACGUAUCUUUGGCACCUAAAUUAAAGAAAACAUACACAUGUGUACUUGCACACCACGAUAGACAAACGCCAACUUGGGAUACACUGAUAAAAUAGAAAUAUGUGCACAACCACAGUCACACCAAAUGUGUAAUACUUGUUAUAUAAAGCUGAGUUAAAUCCUAUAGUGAUAUACCUGCAUGUUUGUUACGCUAUGCACAUCACAAAUAAAGAAUUGCAAAAAAACACAAUACUUCUGUUCAGCAUGGGCCUUGCACAUUUCAGUACUCCUUCACGGAAAAUAUAACAGAGUGGUUUUCUAGGCUAGCAUCCUAGACCUACUUAUCAACUACAGUGGGGUGUUCUGAGUGCUCCUUGUAGAUGCCUCACUUAGGGGCUUUAUACUAAAGGCUGAAAGAGUGUCACUAUCCGUUAUCUCAAAUGUCUCACUCACUGAUUCACACAUUAGAAUAGUGUGCCUUGAUUUAAUUUUAAUAGUAACGUGCCAUAAUUUAAGGUUAUUUUUUUUUUAAAAUAAACUAGCCAAAAAAAUAAUAAAAAGGGCAGGUUGAUCAGAGCGAACGCUUGGUGAUCAAAAACAGCAGGAAAGGUUAAAAAAUAAAUAACAGUGGGGAAAAGUCACAAAAAGGGUAAUAUUUUAACUAAAAAAAAAAGACAGAAAUCUAGAAAAAAAACCUGAAAGGUACCAUUGUACUGAUCAGAUUGAUCACACCAGUAACACUGUGUUCAGUGGUGAAAGGGUUAAAACUAACUCCCCUCCCAUUUGCACACUAGGGGAACAGAACAUUGAAACACACACUGCCGACCUUACAACGUUAAAGUGACCCUGCCAUUUCAGAAAUUUGGCAAUGUUUUCAUUGUGCGGGGAUAAACACACUUCCAGUUGCUGUCACCCUAUCAGGCCAUAGGUGGUGCCUCUGCUUUCAGAACCAAUUCCAAUGUACUAUGAUGCUCCUCAGAGAGUAGCAUUGGAUUCAGUGCUUCUUUAUGAGAAGCAUUCACUGCACAUGUGCUUUAAAUCCACGAUGCUUCAAUGAGAAGCAUUUAAUUGGACAAGCUUAAUCACCAUGCCCAAUGACCUCAGGAGAGGCGGUCUGAACUGCAGAGAAGAGGCUGCCUUGGGGCAGGAUUCCAGGUAAGUUACGGCGGGUUGUACUAUGAGAAGGCAUUGCAGUUUGCAAUAAAGCUUAUUGUGUACUUGGUCUGUUUGGAGCCUUUCACCUGCUAAAAUGCCAUCAUCAUGAAGUUUAACCUACAAAUGUAGCAGUAAUGUGGUAAUUUGAGGAGCUAGGAGUGCUUCCAUAUGUAGUCCCCCUGCAGAGAUUCUCAGGGUCAAAUUUAAACUCCGGGCUUUCAUUUUGUUUUGCAAUCGUUUAGAAUGCAGAUUGAAAAUUAGCAAGUGUGUAAACUUUGCUGUUAUAUAUGCAAUUAAACCAGUUUCAAUCAUAGGGAUGCUGUUACUGUUAAUCGUUUCAUCUCUUGUAGCUGAGACUGGUUGGCACCUGAGAAAGAUGGAUUGGUGUUACGAAGCUGGAGAUCCUCUCACUGAUGAAGUAAACGUCCCUUCCGUACAAGUUAUCGUGUUGCUUUCUCCUGCUGUUGUCCCACACAUUUGUUCCCUUUCACCACUGACAUAUUUUACAUGUAUCACCACUUUUCACUGAUCUGCAUGAUACAGUCAGAUAUUCAUGGCUCUCCAUAAUGUUUUUUACAAUAACAUACAGCCCCAUCUACUUUAUCUGAGCAUGAAAUUCUUUAUUAUUUAAAUUUUCUGAUCUGUUCCUUGUGCUUUCAGGCACGCAUCUCUUUAAUUGUUGAUAUUUUUAUACACCAGGCUCAUUGACAUGGUUUUCAGUUGUGUCAAUUCCAAAGCUUUAUUUAAUAGUUUACAUUUCCCUGCUUUGAAAAGCGUUACAGUCAACUUCACAUCAUUUUACUUCACAUUAGGAAUAACUGCUUUCUGCAGGGAAAUUCACAAAAACAUUCCUCAAACUGAUGCAAAGUUAAUAUAGUUUUGGAUUCUAAAACCAUGCAUAAGGUAUCCAUUUUGAAAUGUAUUUAAAUGUGACCCUCUUACAGCAAUAACUAUUACUUUCAAUGUGUUAAAAAUAAGAAAUAUUCGGGCACAAAGUGGAUCUAUUGAAGAUGCAGAGUUUAUUUAGAGUGGAACAGGCAAUAUUUUGGCUCACGAGUCUUUUUCACGUGGCUUUAGAAUGGCUUUUGUGAGCUGAAACUAUGCCUAUUCCUAAAUAAAGUUUGAAUCUUUGGAAGACCCUUUGUGUGUCAGAUUUUUACUUAUUAUUCUGGAUAAUAUUUAGGGAUUUCUAUUUUCCCAUAUCUGAGUGGCACCAUAGUGUUUUUCCAUUUUCCUGACUGGUGAGUGCUAUACCUACUUUGGAUUUCUGUGAUUACUUUCAGUGUGCCAUCAUUAUUAGCAUUUCUAUAGCACCAACAUAUUACUCAGUGCUUUACAGUUAUAGAACAGGGAUCUUACACUCUAUGAGGAUUUGUGCUACGUGGAUAUAUAUUGUCUUGCCUAAGGACACUUACUGAUAAGGGUGGUGUGACUGAGAUUCCAACCAAAGUAAUUUACAGUUAAAUAAAAAUUAACUCAUUCAUUCUUGCUGACUCUCUCGUCUAUCAUUUAUCACUACUGAAGUCACUUUGAAAGAUAAUACAGAGCAUAUAACACAUACAUUAUGUUUUGUAUAAAGUUUACUCUUUUAGACAAUUGAUCAACCCUAAAACAUUUCAAAAUCCUUAAUAUGUGUAAUAAUAUUCCCUCUUCUCUCUUGUUGCUGUUUGUUUCCCUCAGGAGUCCACACUGAAAGAGCUAAACAUCUGCACAGGAGACACACUUGUAAUCACCGAAGGAAGACUUCCACCCAAGGUGAGAAAAGUACUUUAUACACUGAAUACACGUCAGUUACACAGAAUCACGUCCUUGACACACUGUAUCACAUCUGUUGUCUAAAAGUAAUCCAUUGCUGUGUUAUAGCCUUUACAUUUAUCACUUUCCUUUUAAAGCCUAAUCCACACCAGCUCAUUCCACUGAGUAUCUUCCUUCUUACCUGAGAUAUAUAUAUUUUUUUGCUAUAUCGCAUAUAUGCUAAAGACCCAAAACUCUGAAAAUUCAGUUUACACAGAAUGAGACCAAUGACAUUUUAGUUUAGAUUCAGAAUUAUCCAUUUCUUAACAACUUCAAUUGAAAAAUUGAGUAUAAACAUUCUACCUUCAUUUAUAUUCAAGGAAUGAUUACCAACCCGUAGAGGAACAGAUUUCUCUGCCAGAAGCCACUGGUCACUAAUUUUAAUAACUGCGUGUGUGCUGAAAAUAGCUCUCUGCCUGCUUUCCAACAGUAAAUGAAGUUUCAUUGGGUCUUAUCAUUCCUAGAGUCAGAGAGGGGAGGAGUGAAUGUCCUUUAUUAUUUCACUGUUAGCAUUCCAUUCCAGAGAUUGAUAAAGAUUGCUAUAAUAGUUUAAUACCUUUUUUUUUUUAAUGUCUGAUUUAGGUGCAUUUAGCGCAUGUGAGCAUUAUUCUGAAAUGCAGACAUUAUUUUUACAUCUGUCGCCAUUUUUAGUAAGUUGUAUCGCUAGUAUUAUUAUCGCUGUUUAUAUAGCGCCAACAGAUUCCGUAGCGCUUAACAAUAUUAUGAGGGGGAGAAUGUAACUAUAAAUAGGACAAUUACAAGAAAACUCAUAGGAACGAUAGCUUGAAGAAGACCCUGCUCAAAUGAGCUUACAUUCUAUAGGGAGUAAUUCCUUCUGGGUCCUUACAAUCUAUAAGCAGGCUAUUUGAACAUUUGUGUUUACAAAGCUUUGUCACACCGACUAUGUGAGAGAAAUUAUAUUUUUGCUUUUAUCGUAAAAUUUCAGACCCUGUGUGAAGUAUUAUAAGAUAGUUAAACGUUAUAAAGCUUUUCAUUCCCCCAAAAAAUUUACAAAGGCUGAACAAAUUAGUAAACAAAAAAGUGUAAAAGUACACACGUUUGCUAGUUAUGCUUCUCUUGCUUCAAAUAAAUGAUAUGCUUCUGUUUUAUUUAAUCAAAAUGUGCUCAGUAGUGAAGCGGGUGUAUUUGUUUCUCUGUCAAUUUAAACAAGUUUUUUUUGUUUUGUUUUUUAAGUUUUGGCAUUUAAUAAUUACAUGAUAUUGAGAAAUUAUUAAUGAUGAACAUCUCUUGUUUAAGGGUUUCAUGAAGCUGCAAGUCUGGCUUUAUCAUCCACAUGCACAGCAGGAUCCAAUAAAUCAUGUUACCUCUCACUUGGCAGCUCUGCAAGCUUCCCCCUCUGGAGGUAAAUACUUUAUAGAGAGCUUUAUGGAUACGUAUUGGUAGCCUUCUAGCAGACAUAGAAACUGUUGCAGUGAUAGAGAAAAAGAAAAAUCCUUGGCCUAGACACGAAUGAAGACACAAAAAAAUCACGAAUGGAGCCUUCAUACUUUGAUAAGAAAUAGACUUUGAAAGAAUGCAAAUGUUAUCUAGCCCGUGUUUUUAUGCUAGGUGCCAUCAAUACUGAACUCUAUUUCUUUUCACUAAUCUUAAUCCAUACUCUGCAGCACUGUCGUUUCUUUUUCUCCAUAUUUAUUUCUGUGUUUCUGCAUGGAUUUUCACCCUUAUUAAUGCUUUUUUCCACCUCUUAUGAUCCUUUUCAGAUUCUCAGUUGGAAGACAUUGCCAAAUCUGACUUUUGCUUUGUGGGUAACAUAGAAAUAUCUGGAGAAAAUUUUCUUCAGGAUCUAAAAAUGCAGGUUGGUAUAACUAUCUCACACUCUUAUACUUAGUCCACAGACUUUCCUUAUUUCAGGACUUUUUGUACAGUGAAGGAAGGUUAUCAUAAACCGUAUGCCAUUGGUCUACACGUAGACCUGUCAGCCUCCCAAGUUUGCACCUUUUGUUUUGAUCUUUAUUUCUUGACCUCCCAUUAAACGUAUCCCACCGUAUAUAUGGAAGUUGUAUGCUUUUAGUAGCAGAAAUAGAAGUCAGCUGAUUUUGCUGUAAAGACUCAUAACAGAAAUAUAAAGGGUGAAUUUGUCUGUAACUAGUAAUGCCAAUGUCUCCAAAACUAUCACACUGUUUAACAAUAUUAAUUAAAAAAAAAAAAGUACAGUGUAAAGGCUGUCUCUGAAUACAAAGCUUAGUAGGACAAAAUUUUCAAGGGACUUCGAUUUCUUCACUCUGUUUAUUAAUGGUUAUCCUUACUGUUCUCUGAAGGUUGUUUAUUCAAUGUGACGUCUUUGAUUAAUAGAUUAUGACAUUGCCAAUCUUUGAGGCAUUCGGGAUACCUUCGCCUGAGUUUCUUCGUAUUUGGACAUUGGAGAACAAACACUUAGUAAAAAUCCUGCGCUCACCUAAUCUGCGGAUCAGGUACGCAAUAUCCGUCUUACAUCUUACAAAUACUGUGAUAGAAUUGCCAUCUCAUUGUUCUAUAUGAUGGAAAUAAAUAUCAUCAGAAUGUAGACAGUGUGUCAAAGAUGUCUUUUUAAAUCAUUUGAAUAUAUCAACAUAACUGCAUGUACUUCCAGAAAGAUACUAUAUAUGUACAUACAUUCAAAGAGAGUCUUAAAUAAGGGGCAUUAUUAUAUUCUGCUACAUUAUUUUCUUGGUGUUUAUGACCCCACUAUGUGAUCUUUAUCUCUCUGUUUAGUGACUAUAACCUUGGGAACAGGACCAUACUGUGUGUGGAAACACUGCAAGACGAGGAGUUUUUGGGGUAAGUGUUACAGUAAAAUUCUUAUGAGAGUAUUUUAAUGUGCUUGAAAAAUCCACAUAGCUGUCUGCAUUGAAUUGUUUUUUUCUUCUGUCUCGCAUUGAAGCACCCACGAUCUACUUCUGAGAGUCCAGCUAUCUGUCCCAGGGGAGCUGCGUUACUUUCCCCCUGUGGAUAUUGCGUGGGAUAUCUCUCAUGGCUGCACUGCCCAUGCCCUACGUCAAAGGAUUGCCAACCAUUGUUCAUUGCCAGUAGACAAGGUGGAGAUAGCAAAGUAUCUUACAGAAAAACAUGAAUGGCUCCCAAUAUCAAGCUGGGUGAGACCUUGUUUUAGAGAUGGUUCCUGGGUAUCAAAGCUGAGCAUUCUUCUUUUCUUUUUUUUUUUUUUCUUCAAUUAAAGUUUAUUGGAAUUUCACAAUUAAAGAGUAUUACUAAAUUGAUAAUUUAGCUCUAUAAGAUGCAGAAAUGCCAAAAUAAAUAAUACCAUACAGAAGUCCAGUGUCCUGUAACUAGGCCAUACAAUUCUUAUUGCAUAGAUUUGGCAAUUUAGCCUGUUUAAAAUAAAUGUUAUUUUUCCUACACUUAGUCACAAUCUCCAAAAAUAUUUUUAGAAAAAUGAUUGUAAGUAUAGAUCAAUUAAUACGGUAUAUUUUUGUGUUGUUAUGACACUUUUCAGUGUGUAUUUUUUAUUUGAAUUUUCUGUGAACUACUUGAUGCAGGACUCUAUAGUGCACCGAAAGCUGUCUCUACUAACAUAGUUUCUUACAUUUUCAAAGUUAUUCACUGAAGUUAGAAUUGUUAGGCAUUCAUAGUGAAUUUAAGACCAAAGUAGCUGAACUGGAAGCAUAGCUAACUUCCAGUCUGGUUAUUUUGGAUUUCAAUUCCCUUUAAAAAAAAAAAAAAAAAAAAAGUACUUUGAAUUCCCAACAAUUCUUACUUUAGUGAAUAACUCUGUUAAUAUUGCAUACUUAUAAUCUCUGAUGAUCCCGAUUUUCUUUCAACCGGUUUACUCUGUUUUAUUCGGCAAUACCUUGUUUUUAGACAUAUCACCAAUAUUUUCUUUCAGACCCAACAAGUCUCAAAGAAGAGGAAAAAAAAGAAGCCUGAGAACCUGCAGGGGGCGCCCUAUCACUUGAAGGAUGGAGACACAAUUGGAGUGAAAGUAGGUAACUGAUGGCUACAUUGUAAAGUGGUGGUCAAUGAUACAGUGUCACACCUCAACUGUCUGUCUCUUUCAGAACCUUCUUCUGGACAAUCGGAUGGACUUCAUUUCUGAGAAUGACCAUAUUGCAAAGGAAAAGCAUAAGCAGGUCUUGAAUGAGAAAAUCAAUAGGUAUGCAUUAAUAACACUAUAUUUCUUUUUUUGACGUCCUAUAAAGAUCAUGUGUCACAAGCUGUAGAUAAGCUGGAGUUUUGUUUAUUUUAGCUUAUCUGAUUGAUUAACGCAUAAUUAAUGCAGAUUAUGAUUGUAUUGAUGGGUGUUUCUGUGUACACUUAAAUGGUUUUUUGUUAUAUUCACUUUAACAGAGCCUUACAUAUUUCUAUACUUUUUAAAGGAUUAUACAACAUGGGAUCCCUGCUGAUUGAUUUUUUUUUUUUUAAAGCACCUUUUCAUAAAAAACAUCUCUAGACUUUGCUUUAAGGCAAGGCUUUUUAAUGUAAUUUUUUUUUAUUAUUUAAUUACAAUAUUUUUAUAUACAAAAUGCUGACAUUUAAUUUUUUUUUCUUUUUGCACAAAUGAAUAGAUUGAAUAUUUACAUACAAUUAUUUAAUUAAUGCAGAUCACAUUGACAAACCUGUUGCAAUCCAUGCAAUCUAUUAUAUUCUGUGGGGGAAACAAAAUCAUCCAAAUGAAGUACAUUCUUUAUGUUAGCUUGAACGAUUUAGCAGUUUAAUUUUAGACUGAAGGGUAUUUUCAGUGUAAUGAAACAAAUGAAGUACGGUUUCCCCAAUGAUAUGUAUGCACUUAAAGAGAGAACAAAUAUUAUAAUGAAGAACAUACUCCUGUUCAAUAGCUUAUGUAUACUAAUGUUUUUAUGCUCGUAAACUUUGUUCCAAAGUCAGUCCAAUUAAAGAAAAAAAAGUGUUUUAGCGCAUUCUGGAAGGAUUCCAAGGAAAUCAGCAGCAGCGUUUUCUUGCAAUUGCUUGUUUAUUGUAGAACAAAAUUGUACACAAGGCAUAAAUGCUCAAAAAGAAAGAAAUGUGUAAGGGGAGUCAAAUCCAGAUACAGAAAGGGGGAAGGCGGUGAGAACUACUAAACAAACAAUAAAAAAAAUCAGUGCACAGAACAUGUUUUGCGUCUAGCAAGAGACGUUUCCUCUGCAAUAAAAAAAACAAAAAAACACAUAAAUUGUGAUCUAAAGAGGAUUAGAAAGAGAGAGGGCAUAGCUGUGAAAAAUAACAAAACCUCCUCCUAUCCUAAAUUACCUAUACUGCUCUCCACCCUGACCGUAAACCUAUUCGGAGUUUGUACCAUAUGAAAGGAAAAUGUAUACCUCAUAAAUCCUAUUCAGGAUAAUUAUCCUGUAGGUAAAUGUAGGAAGAUUGCUCCCAAAAGUGGAAGAUCAGCACUUUAUUUGAUUUUAAGGGGAAAAUUAGAACACCGAACAGAAAUCAUCUUGCUGUUAGACACGGGAACCAUAAGGUAACGUGUUUCAAAGUAAUUAACUCUUCCUAUCACAAAUUGCUUUACUAUUAACAAUUAUUAUUAUUAUUAUUAUUGCCAUUUAUAUAGCGCCAACAGAUUCCGUAGCACUUUACAAUAUUAUGAAAGGGGAUUUAACUAUAAAUAGGACAAUUACAAAUAAACUUACAGGAACAAUAGGUUGAAGAGGACCCUGCUCAAUCGAGCUUACAUUCUAUAGGAGGUGGGGUGUAAAACACAUUAGGACAGGAAUGUGCAAUCAAAUAAGGUGGGCUGCCCUUUAGGAGAGGGCAAGAGACGGGUAUGUGAGGUAGGGGUUAGUCUUGGAGGCCAUAAGCUUUCCUAAAGAGAUGGGUUUUAAGGCACUUCUUAAAAGAUGCAAGACUAGGGGAGAGUCGGAUGGCGGUAGGCAGGCUAUUCCAUAGGAAGGGAGCCGCCCGCGAGAAGUCCUGCAAGCGCGAGUUGGCCGUACGGGUGCGGACAACGGACAGGAGGUGGUCACGGGCAGAGCGGAGAGACCGAGAAGGGACAUACCUGUGGAUCAGUGAGGAGAUAUAAGAGGGGCUAGAGUUGUUCAGUGCUUUAUAGGUGUGAGUUAGUGCCUUGAAUUGACUCCUAUAGCACACAGGAAGCCAAUGUAAGGACUGGCAGAGGGGUGAGGUGUGAGAGAACCGACUAGAGAGGAAAAUCAGUCUAGCAGCAGCAUUCAUUACAGACUGUAGGGGUGCAGUACGGCUUUUGGGAAGACCAAGCAGGAGAGGGUUACAAUAAUCCAUGCGUGAAAUUAUUAGAGCAUGGACAAGCUCCUUGGUAGUAUCUGGUGCAAGAAAGGGGCGGAUGCGGGCUAUGUUUUUAAGAUGGAAUCUACAGGAUUUGGCAACAUGCUGGAUGUGAGGCUCAAAGGUGAGACUAGAGUCAAGUAUGACGCCAAGACAGCGCGCUUGCAAGGAUGGGCUGAUGUUGGUACCACAAACUUGAAGGGAGAGCGAAAGAGGAGGAUCAGUAUUAGGAGGAGGAAAGACAAGGAGCUCAGUUUUUGAGAGAUUGAGUUUCAGAAAGCGGGAGGACAUCCAGUCAGAGAUGGAAGAAAGGCAAGCAGUGACACGUUGCAGGACAGCAGGGGAGAGGUCCGGGGAGGAGAGAUAUAGCUGGGUGUCAUCAGCGUACAGGUGGUAGUGGAAACCAAAUGAGGUAAUAAGUUUGCCAAGAGAGGCAGUGUAAAGAGAAAAUAGAAGGGGACCAAGGACGGAGCCUUGGGGGACUCCAACCGAGACAGGGCGAGGGGAGGAGGUAUCAUUAGAAAAAGAGACACUGAAUGAGCGUUGGGAGAGAUAAGAGGAAAACCACGAGAGGACAGAGUCACAGAGACCAAGCGAUUGCAGAGUUUGAAGAAGGAGAGCAUGAUCAACGGUGUCAAAGGCCGCCGAGAGGUCAAGAAGAAUUAGUAUGGAGUAGUGGCCUUUGGAUUUAGCUGCGAUUAGGUCGUUAGUAACUUUGAUAAGGGCAGUCUCUGUAGAGUGGAGAGGGCGGAAGCCAGAUUGAAGGGGGUCAAGGAGAGAGUUGGAAUUGAGGAAAUGAGACACACGGGUAAAGACGAGUCUUUCCAGAAGCUUUGAGGAAAAAGGGAGCAGGGAUAUGGGACGGUAGUUAGAGGGGGUGGAUGGGUCAAGGGAUGGUUUUUUUAGUAUAGGUACUACAGUGGCAUGUUUAAGGUCAGCAGGGACGAUGCCAGAAGAGAGCGAGCAGUUGAAGAUGUGUGUUAGAGAAGGCACGAGACAAGCGGAGAGAGAUCUGAUAAGGUGAGAUGGGACAGGAUCGAGCGGGCAAGUGGUGGGGCGAGAGGAGCAAAGAAGAGCAGCCACCUCUUGGUCAGUGGCUGGGGAGAAUGUCUGAAGGGUAGGAAAGGCAUGAUCAAUGUGUGAUUGAGAAACAGAAAGGCAAGGAGGGGAGAAUUCUUUCCUUAGCUGUUCAAUUUUGUCAGUGAAGUAACAUGCAAAGUUAUCAGCAGUAAGGUUGGUUUGGGGGGUGGCCACAGCGGGGCGAAGAAGAGAAUUAAAGGUGUCAAAGAGACGCCUGGGGUUGCGGGAACAUGAACUAAUGAGAGAGGAAAAAUAGGACUGUUUGGCAAGGGCAAGGGCUGCACUGUAUGAACACAGUAUGAAUCUAUAAUGGAGAAAGUCUGACUGGGUGCGAGACUUCCUCCAGGAGCGUUCAGCACACCGGGAGCAUCUUUGCAGGUAGCGCGUUGAUUUAGUAUGCCAUGGUUGGGGGCGGGUCCUCCUUGAGGUGCUUGCUUGGAGUGGCGCUGCAGUGUUCAAGGCAGAUGUAAGAGUAGAGUUAUAUAUGGAGAUGGCCAGUGAAGGACAGGAUAGGGAAGGGAUGGACAGCAGUUGUGGAUCAAUGUCAGCUGACAACUGUUGGAGAUCAAGAGAAUUAAGGUCCCUCCUGAGUUGAGGCUGGUUAGGUGGAGGUUGUUGGGUGAGGGGGUACGUGAGAGCAAACGAUAAGAGGUGGUGAUCAGAGAGAGGAUAGGGAGUGUUGCAGAUAUUAGAUACCGUACAUGCAUAAGUGAAGAUUAGGUCGAGGGUAUUGCCAGCAACAUGGGUGGGUGAAUUUGCCCACUGUGAUAGCCCGAGGGAGGAAGUAAUUGAAAGUAGUUUAUUGGCUGCAGAGGUCAAAGGUGGGUUUAUAGGAAUAUUGAAGGAACAAUAAGGUGGCUUAACCUAAACAAACUUUAAUUCUGCAAUUUUUCACAAAAAAAAUACUAAUGCCAUCUAUCCAGCUAAUCUCUGCAUUAUAUUCAAUCUGCUGCUGUUUAAGGUCCUAUUCUAGGAUCAAACACUAUUGCAAAGCAUUCGGGCUAAAAGUAGAAACUAUGUAUAAUUUAUCCACUUCUGUCUAUAGAUUGAUACAUAAGAAACUACAUUUCUACAUUUUAACAUUGUAAAAAUAUAAGCUUUGGGUGGGAAAAAGAAAAACUGAAGUAGAAGCACUGAUUCUUUGUAUUCACCAUUCCUAUUUGACUGUUUUUCUUUUCCCCACCUCCCUCUAAUUGGCUUAUCCAAUUUUGUGAAAUUGAGUUGGUGCAAUAAUAGGAAUCUAUCUUUAGAUUUCGCCAUCUCAUGUCCUCUAUUUAUGUGGUAGUUGGAAUAACGCCUUAGUGCUAAACAACUACUGAAAUCCUUUGCUUGCUUUUCAAAGAUUUCUUAUAUAGAGCCCACAGGGAUCACUGUAAAGGUAUGCAGCAGAGUGCAAAUAUCUGCCCUUAAUCUCAUAUAACUCUCCUGUACCCUAUAGCAGCGUUUCCCAAUUGGUGAUCCAUAGAACCCUAUGGUUCUGCUAGAACAAAAUUGGGUUCCGCUGUGAUUUGCCAUUCCCGAUGUAUGGGAUGCUGGGAGGAAGUUACAGCACUUCCUCCCAGACAGAGCGCGCCGGCUGGAGGGAGAGGGAGUGCAGCGGGGAGUGAGCAGCUGCUGACCUGGCACACCAUCCGCAGCCUGCAGCACUGAAGGAAGAAAAUAGGUAAGUUAAACGUGUAUGUGCCUGUGUGUAUGUGUACCUGUGUCAGUGUGUGUAUCUGCCAAUGUGUGUGAAUCUGUGUGUAUGUGCCAGUUUGUGUAUCUGUGUAUCAAGAUGUGUAUGUGUCAGUGUGUAUAUAUGUGUGUGUAUCUGCCUUGUGCGUGAUAUCUGCCUUCCUCCCCUCUGCCUUGGAGAUAAUUGAGAAGUAAUUCAAUUAUCUCCCAGGACAAAGGCAAAUCGCCAUUAUGCACGUGGGGAUACUACAACACGAAUUACUAUUAAAAUACACUAUGUGAGACACAUUACAAUAAAACUAUACAUUUAACAUGUCCCAGAUUCCUAUCUGGGGUAUAACAUAGACAAGUAAAACUACCGAACACCGGCCGUUCGUGUACUUCCACCGAACAAGAAGGGAGGUCGGCGGCGUCAGCGGUGUUUGCGCAAAACUGUGUCCGAUUUUAGUUCCGUGAAUUAAGCGUCGAACACCACUGUACGUUCGCAUGUUUAAAAUGGCCGCGUCCUCGUGUUCGUUAUACGAAUGGCGGCCACCCAGCAUUCGCCAAUUAAGCUGCGGUUAACCGCAGCUUCAGGGAGGUUAAUUGCCGGCACACUCCAGGUCCCAGGUGGUCUAUUCAUUCGUGCGGUUGUUCGGUAGAUUGAAUCUACCGAACCCCAGGCAGAAAAGCACGAAUACGUUUUUUUUGCCGGGAAAAAUAUGUAUUUUAACAUGGGGCCAUAGUCCAAAGGCAGCAGGCGAGCAACCAGGCUUCUCCAAUGCAUUGUGGCGAGAUUGCUCUCGUCACAUCUCUCCCCUUUUCCAAACAGACUAACAGGGUAUCUGACCUCCUGCCGGUCAGUGCCCUUGUUAGUCCAGCAGCCCACCCACAAAACACAAUCAACAGCCCACCCACAAAAAAUGGUUACUACACCUGGGUAGAGGAGAAGCUUGUCCAUGUCCAGGUGCCUCACCACGGCUGUGCUGGGUACGGGUAUGCUGACUUGGUGGGUUGCUGUGUGGGCAGAGACCAGCGGUACUCUGCCCUGUUGCCAGCGCUACUGGGGUGGUAGCCUGGUUGUUUGAGGGGGAGACCGACUGUCUCCCCUUUAGAUACACAGCCCUGCUGCUGGAGACCGACUGUCUCCCCUUUAGAUACACAGCCCUGCUGCUGGAGACCAACUGUCUCCCCUUUAGAUACACAGCCCUGCUGCUGGAGACCGACUGUCUCCGCUUUAGACACACCGCUGGGCUGCCGGAGGGGGGAGACCGACUGUCUCCCCUUUGGCUAAACAGCCCUGUCACUGGGGGGCAGAACCGACCGUCCCUACACCCUGUGCUGUACGUGCAGAGACCACGGUCCCAUCUGCACAGUUGUGGGGCUUCCUGUCUCCCCCUGGUACAUUAAGCUGCCGCUGGGUAGAGGGGGUAACACACUCCUCUCCUAUACAUACUUCCUGCCAUGGGGGAGGGAGACCGACUGUCUCUGCUCCCAAUACAGAGUCUUGCUGCUGGGGAAAGGAGACUGGGCUCUCUAUUCCUGGUAGGACACUCUGCCGCUGGGGAAUGGAGACUGAGCUCCCAAUUCCCAAUAAAUCGUACUGCCGCUGGGGAAUGGAGACUGGGCUCCCAAUUCCCAAUAAAUCAUCCUGUCGCUGGGGAAUGGAGACUGGGCUCCCAAUUCCCUGCAAUAUCUCCCGCUGGGGAAUGGAGACUGGUCUCCCAAUUCCCAAAAAAUCAUACUGCCGCUGGGGAUCUGAGCCGACCGCCCAGCAUCCCUGUAGCUCACCCUGCCACUGGGGAGGGAGGAUGCUGCUCUCCUCUCCCUGCAAGGUACACUGCUGCUGGGGGACAGGACCACUUGUCUCUGCCCCCUGUAACUCAGCCUGCCGCUGGGGAAUGGAGCUUGGGCUCUCAAUUCCCUGCAAUAUGUCCCGCUGGGGAAUGGAGCUCGGGCUCCCAAUUCCCUGCAAUACUGGUGGAGAGACCUCGGUCUCAUCUCCACCCGCCACCUGGGGUUCUUCCCAGUAAUCUACCCAGCUGAAUGGGUCUGGAUCUGGGUCUCCGCUUCCCUGCUGAGCCUUCUCACUGGAGUGGAACAGAUCUUGGUAGCCCUGCUCCAGCUCCAUCUCUCGGGUCACCAGGUGGACCAGGUCUUGCUCAAUUUCGUGAGUGUCGUCCCAGUCAUACCUGCUCUUCCUCCACUCCAAGAGAUCACUGAACCGGGCUUGUGUAGCGCUCCCAAACUCAGGCUCUGCAAAAGACUCCCAUAACAAGCCAGGACCAUCAAACUCCUCUCCCUCUGGCUUGUCAUGCUCGGCUGUCCAGGGCAGAUACUGUGCCCCAUACCACCAGAGCGCCUGGUAGGCAUCUUCCAGCCAAAUCUCCUGCCAUACUCGGACUUCCAAUUCCUUCACCCAUUCAUCCAGGGGCUGCUCUCCCAGAAAGGGCAUCCGCAGGGCUAGUCACUUCUGCAGUCGCUGGUCUUCCUUGGGGAGUCUCUCGCCCCGCUGGUACUCCACAAUACCCAGUGCCUGGUACCAGAUGCCUUUGCGCAGCGCAUCUCGGUCAUCCAUGACACCCUCAUCAUACUCCACUGCUGGUUCCAUCUCGGUGCUGUCAGGGUCGCUGUACUGGGACAUGCGUUGCCCUCAAAUUGUAAAAAUCCACGGAAUGGUGUCACCUGUAGCUGUCCUUUUGUCUGUGGGAACGAUCCCGCCGCUUGCCACCAAUUGUAACGGACCGUUUUGCACACAAGGGGUAAAAACCGUUUAGGCGAUCGUCCCCUUCUCAGAGAUGCAGGCACAGCUAUUGUAGAACACCAAACUCACGAACCGCCAAUAAGGGAAUGCUCCAAACUCCCGAACGGCAUCCAAUAUAGCACUCAAAACACACAAACUGGCCCCAUACAAAUCACUGCUAGCAGACGAAUAGGAAAAGCAUCCAAGCGGCUUACACUCCUAGCAAUCAGUCUCUAUCAGCAUUCAGUAAAUCACCCCCAAAGACGAAACAAGGCUCCGUGUUGAGGGUCAAGCAGUGGUCUGUUUAAUGAGGGCAACUGGCCCAGUAUUUAUGCAGGUCUCCCACCUGGUGGACACUCCCCUAAGGGACCAAAUGGGAGACUGUGACAAAAGACAGACAAGUUGACAAAUAGGACACACAGUCACAUUAUAUUCCCACAAUGCAUCCUGGCUUCCUCCCCUCUGCCUUGGAGAUAAUUGAGAAGUAAUUCAAUUAUCUCCCAGGACAAAGGCAAAUCGCCAUUAUGCACGUGGGUCUACUACAACACGAAUUACUAUUAAAAUACACUAUGUGAGACACGUUACAAUAAAACUAUACAUUUAACAUGUCCCCAGAUAGCUCAGGUCUGAGCGCACAUUAAUAAGCGAAUGGCACUCAGACUACACGAAUAUAGUUCAAUCGCCAUGGAGCAAAGUCUUUACACAGUCAGUUCUCAUGCGAAUGGGCUCCAUGGGAUUCCUAUCUGGGGUAUAACAUAGACAAGUAAAACUACCGAACACCGGCCGUUCGUGUACUUCCACUGAACAAGAAGGGAGGUCGGUGGCGUCAGCGGUGUCCGCGCAAAACUGUGUCCGAUUUUAGUUCCAUGAAUUAAGCGUCGAACACCGCUGUACGUUCGCAUGUGUAAAAUGGCCAUGACCUCGUGUUCGUUAUACGAAUGGCGGCCACCCAGCAUUCGCCAAUUAAGCUGCGGUUAACCGCAGCUUCAGUGAGGUUAAUUGCCGGCACACUCCAGCUCCCAGGUGGUCUAUUCAUUCGUGCGGUUGUUUGGUAGAUUGAAUCUACCGAAUCCCAGGCAGAAAAGCACGAAUAAGUCUUUUCUGCCGGGAAAAAGAUGUCUUUUAACAUGGGGACAUAGUCCAAAGGCAGCAGGCAAGCAACCAGGCUUUUCCAAUGCAAUGUGGCGAGAUUGCUCUCGUCACAAAGCUAUUGCAAGAAAACUUCCUGCUGAUGUCCUCGGCAGCAGUCAGUGCAGGUAAACAUUUUGUUUUUAUUUUUCUCUUUAAUUGUAUUUUCAGUGUAUUGACAUUUACGGAACUACUAACAGGAAAAUAGUACAUAAUUAAUAACCAUAAUUGAAUAUAGUAGCAAAGAUUUGCUCUGUGUUACUUCUACAAAAUAAAUGAGCAUGAAAACUUAGGUCAUUACUCUUUAUACAAAUUGACUUCCCAUUCUUGCUUCUUGAUAUUAAACAUGAUGCUUAUGUGUUUCUUUCCUUCUUACAGUGAGAAAGGGGAAACUCUUCAGAAUGACAAACAUAUCUGCAAGCAGAAAGUGCGUCCAAAAGCCAGGAAAGCAGAGUCGGCUCUGUCCAUCCGGGUGGGGGUCUUUCGGUAGCACAUGUCCUUGCUUGAUCAUGGAGGGCUUCAUUUGGGAGGCUGUAUGCCCAGUCUAACUCAGGGAGGAGGGAAUAUGCUCACUAGAAAGCAACUGUGUGAAGGUGUGGAACAUAAGCAGUUUGUUUAAGCCCCUGGGGGUAAUUACCAGGUGUUCCACUACCUCUUGAGGGUAUAUGAUAAUGUAAGAUGCUUCUGGCCACCGAUGCAGAAAGGAUUCCUACUUCUAACAGGGAUAUUUGUCUAUAUGGUUGUGCCUUUUGUCUCUUUACCUUAUCUCUUGUAAACUGCCCCCACUGUAAUUCUUGUACUUUUAGGAUUGCUACUCUGGUAAAAUGAAAGGGGGAAAAAAAACCUAUAACUGCAUUUUCCAUGUGAUUGCAGUUGAUCUUGUAAUGCUGUAUUUUCUUUCACUCUGUUAUCGACACUAAUUGAUGAGUGUCUCUGCCUGGGUACAUUCCCUAUAUGUGAAUGAACAUGGUGGAUAGGACAGUUACUCAUGAGCCUUUGUAACUUGCAGGAAACUGUAUGGAAAAGUAGCUUGCGUCUACUCAUACAGCACAAAUUAACGAUCACGCGGCUUACUCAGCAAAACAAAAAGCAUAUUUUUUUUUCUUUCAAGUCUGUGCCUUUACCUGAAUUACCUGUUUCUGUCUGUAUAAUCACACCUAUCUUCCAUAUAGUUUUUGACUUAAUCAUUGUUAAAAUGUUACCACCACUCCUGAACUAGAGUUAGGGAAAGCUAUUCAUAACUAUAGCUGUUCGUAAACUACAGUUUUUGUUUACACCCAUCUGUGACUGGUUUGUAGGGAGCAAUGAGAGCUGGAGUUCAUAGUCCCCUGGAGAACAGCAUUCCAUUUUUAGGCAAUUCAGGCCAUUUUAGUGACACUAUCAUUGCAAAUGUUUUACUUCCAUUGCAAAGGAAAGUUAUUUUACAAGCGCACCUAUCUGGACGGAAACGGUGUAUAUAUUUAUUUUUUCUUGCAUCUGUCUAAUUCAAUUAGUUUUUUUCCAAUUUUCCAUGAGAAAUAGGGUAGGCGAGACAGGCCUGCCCACAGUCAAUUCUUAUUGGAUGAAGGAAUACAUGGAUUGCUGUUCGUUCUGGACAUGUGCUGCGACUAGAGCUUGGUGGAAAAGGGUAUUGUAAAAUGCCAGAGUUUUUUUUUGUUUGUUUUUUUUUCUGUAUUUGGGCUGCACUGUAAAAAUAACAUUGGCUUCUGUUACAGAAGCAAAAUUAUUUGUAAUGUUUUGUGAAACUUCAAAGCAGAGAUCUCUCGCUCCCCAUGUGUUGAUGACCAACGACUCCCAAAAUUUUCUGGAUUCGAAAAAGAAAACAUGAGAAUCACAGGAGCUGUAAUUCAGCAACAUGCUGGGAGACAAACUUUGAGAUGCCUACUUUAAAGACAUUUGUUUUCUAUGGUUACAUCAAACUGUACUUCAAUCCUAGUCAAUCCUGUACCUGUGUAUUUUGCCUCCUAUCUAAACUACAUCAUCUAUUUUUAUUAUUUUUUUAAUUUUUGUAGCCGUUGAAUUAUGAAUGGUCUAUAUAAUGGUUUUUGAAUACUAUGAAAACAUUUUUACACGGUUUUUGGUUGAAUAUUGUUUACUUAUUGUAAUAAUGACAACCAGAUAGGUGACAUCUGAUGAAAAUUUCUUUAACUGGAAUUAAUGGAAUAUAAUUUUUGUGCCAUUUGGUCUUGAGAUUGGGUGAGAAUGGAGCCCUGUCUUCAUGACACAUGAUUUGUAUUUGGUAUGCAGAGCUCAGAAAUCAGUGUACAUAGGGAUGUGUCCUGUGAUUCACUGCCAAACACACAUAUUUAAUUUAAAAAAAAAAAAAAAAAGGAUGGGUGCUGCUAUAAAGAGGAUAAAUAAAAAUAUUGUAUGUAAGUGAUCUCUGGUGUGUAAUGUGUUAAUUACUGAUCAACCUUAUGUUACCCAGAUGUUAUUUGGAUAGGUUUUCAGUGUCUAAACUUUUAUGCCUCUGGGUCUGAUUUGACUAAGGUAUAUAUUUAUUUUUUCUUGCAUCUGUCUAAUUCAAUUAGUUUUUUUCCAAUUUUCCAUGAGAAAUAGGGUAGGCGAGACAGGCCUGCCCACAGUCAAUUCUUAUUGGAUGAAGGAAUACAUGGAUUGCUGUUCGUUCUGGACAUGUGCUGCGACUAGAGCUUGGUGGAAAAGGGUAUUGUAAAAUGCCAGAGUUUUUUUUUGUUUGUUUUUUUUUCUGUAUUUGGGCUGCACUGUAAAAAUAACAUUGGCUUCUGUUACAGAAGCAAAAUUAUUUGUAAUGUUUUGUGAAACUUCAAAGCAGAGAUCUCUCGCUCCCCAUGUGUUGAUGACCAACGACUCCCAAAAUUUUCUGGAUUCGAAAAAGAAAACAUGAGAAUCACAGGAGCUGUAAUUCAGCAACAUGCUGGGAGACAAACUUUGAGAUGCCUACUUUAAAGACAUUUGUUUUCUAUGGUUACAUCAAACUGUACUUCAAUCCUAGUCAAUCCUGUACCUGUGUAUUUUGCCUCCUAUCUAAACUACAUCAUCUAUUUUUAUUAUUUUUUUAAUUUUUGUAGCCGUUGAAUUAUGAAUGGUCUAUAUAAUGGUUUUUGAAUACUAUGAAAACAUUUUUACACGGUUUUUGGUUGAAUAUUGUUUACUUAUUGUAAUAAUGACAACCAGAUAGGUGACAUCUGAUGAAAAUUUCUUUAACUGGAAUUAAUGGAAUAUAAUUUUUGUGCCAUUUGGUCUUGAGAUUGGGUGAGAAUGGAGCCCUGUCUUCAUGACACAUGAUUUGUAUUUGGUAUGCAGAGCUCAGAAAUCAGUGUACAUAGGGAUGUGUCCUGUGAUUCACUGCCAAACACACAUAUUUAAUUUAAAAAAAAAAAAAAAAAGGAUGGGUGCUGCUAUAAAGAGGAUAAAUAAAAAUAUUGUAUGUAAGUGAUCUCUGGUGUGUAAUGUGUUAAUUACUGAUCAACCUUAUGUUACCCAGAUGUUAUUUGGAUAGGUUUUCAGUGUCUAAACUUUUAUGCCUCUGGGUCUGAUUUGACUAAGGUCCUUAGUGUUUGAAUUACAUCAGGGCUUGACAAAUUUGCUUUGAAUCUAGG